UAUAUCUGCCUCCCCGUCCCUCGUGUCUCUAUUUCACUCUCCCCCUCUUUGCAGUUAGGGUUUGUUUUUCAAUUUAUCCAUCCGAAUUUCUGGUAAACCUAAAAAGCUAAAAUCGAUUCGAUUAUUAUUUCCAAAUCUGAAGAAACGGAGAAAGGAGUUUAAGUAAUUACAGAUACAAUGGCGGGAGAUGGAGAUCUCAAAAUUUGGGUUUCAGACAAGUUGAUGUCAAUUGUAAAUUUCUCUCAGGCCACUGUUAUUCAAUACGUUAUUGGAUUAGCUAAACAAGCAUCUUCGGCGAGUGAUCUUAAUACCAAGCUUGUAGAGUUUGCGAAUUUGCCUUCAACAACUGAGACAAGAAAAUUUGCUCAAGAGCUUUUUGCUAGAGCCCCACGCAAAUCUUCUGGGUUAAAUAGUUAUCAAAGAGAAGAGAAUGAGGCUGCCAUGUCAGUUAGGAAACAACAGACAUAUACUCUUUUGGAACCAGACUCUGAUGAGGACGAUAUUGGGGUUCAGAAGUUACCAUCUCCUAAAAAAGUGGAUUCGCAUAAAAAAAGUUUCAGGAAGAAGAUUGAAAAUCAAGAUGAGGAUGACGGUGAGGUGAUGGCUGAACCAGUUAAGGAAAAACGAGUUGAAAGAAAGGCAUCAUAUGACGAGGAUGAUUUAGAGUCAGAGGAAGCAAGACUACGAGAUCAGGAAGAGCGUAAACAACUGGAGAAAAAUUUGAGAGAAAGAGAUGCAGCUGGGACUAGAAAGGAAGCUGCACGCAUGUAUCACAAUUGCUUAACGUUUGGUGAAGAAUGUUACUUAAUCCGUGUCUCACUCUCGUGAAUAUUUGACGGAGCAAAAAUUAUCGCGUAGAGAAGAAGAGGAGGCAAUUCGAAGAUCCAAAGCCAUGGAGAAAGAUGACACUGAAGCUUUAAGGUCUGUUUUUUAUUGCGAAUUUGCGAUCCUACUUUUUUUUUUCAAAUUCAAAUAGUUAUAUUCUUCCUUGUAGACUUGCAGUGUGAUCACUAGUAUAUGCAUCAGUUCUUGAGUCUCAUAUAUUUUAAUUCUUGAAGUGAUAAAGGACUAAAAUAGCCGUGCUGUAUGUGAUUAUUAUAUACUUGUUAAAUACUUAAAGAUCAAUAUACUUAAUUAACUUUUUCCUUCUUUA